CCUUCAUUUAUCCCUAUUACCCCGCAUGGAUCCUACCGAGCGUCUACCAACAGAGAUCUUGAGAAAGAUCAUCUGGAAUCUCCCACAGUCAUAUCAUCAAGGCUUAAUAUGUGGACUACGAUGGAAAAAAACACUAAGGCUCAGCGCCCUUGCAACAGUAUCACGGCGCUGGCAACAGCUCAUUGAACCAUUUCUAUUCAAAGACCUGCACUUGAGAAUAGAAAAGGUCCUGGAAUACAAGUAUGCCACAUGCCUGACACCACAAAGACUCUCGUACGUUCGAAACGUCACGGUGAAGUGCGUUCUUGCCAGCCACAUAUGUAAACGACCAAAGCGAUUCACGCAAGGCCCCGGAGACUGCGACUUUCGUCAACAUCAUCCGAACGAUGAACGCGAAUUCAAUGACUUCGUAGGGAGGGUUUUUGGGAUUCUUAAAGAUCUCCCGCGUGGAGAGAAGCCCUACGUGGAGAUGAUGUUUGAGAUGUCCUGUAGCGGAUUUCGCGUAACGUUCACGCAAAAAGGAAUGCAGCACAUGGAGCUUUAUGACACGUGGAAGGAUUUCCCAGAACUCCCUAUGAUAUCAGUCUUUAGAGCAUGCGGGUCCACUGAUACACCUACGUUUACGCCUGGGGAUAUAUGUCGACUUGCAAGUAAGAUGCCACGGUUGGAGAAGUUUGGGGUGAGGGCAAUAGAGAGCGUACGGGAUUAUGUCUACGGGGAAGCUGUGAUGAGAAACAGCCUUGCGCGAAGUUUGGACUUGAUACCCAUGUCUGUGCAAACGUUGCUUGUUGACUACCAGCGGGAGAGGAUUCUAGACCAGACUUAUAAUCCUCCAAGCAUCAUCCCCGUUGAGUCAAAUAGAGAGGUUCUCUCUGAAGCAGUACGACGACUUGCCCAGAGACACGGUAUUCGAGAGAUCACCCUUCUUGCAAGCGUCGACAGCGCCAUAUUCCAGCCUUCGACAGAAACCUCUUGCUGGCCGACCCUCGAGAGUUUCACAUUCGCAUUUUGUGACGUUCUUCCUUCUGGUGAAUGGGUAGUCACAGGCGAAAAUCCUUUAUCGGCAGAAGAAGAAGAGUAUCAACGACAAGAGUCCCGUGAAGGAAUGGCUGACGGACAUUACUGCCCCCCAGGCUGCGAGAUAGAAAACAGUUUCAAAUCUCGCAUGAAAGAGGGAACCAUGGAUCGUUUUCUUUUGGCGGCGGCACAAGCUGUUUGCCACAUGCCCAAGAUAAGAAAACUCUCGGUUCGACAUGUUUUCGAUCCUACUGGUGUUGAAGAGGAUAUAUCGCGUGCGGGGUUUAACUUCAGCACGGCAACGGGCCUGAUGGUGCUUGGGAAGACGGAUGUUCCUAUACUCAGUCACGAGGCGUUGGAAGCUUGGAAAACCGCAAUGAAAACUCAUGAUAUUGUGUUUGAUCGGUGUCUUACAAACGAGUUGGAUGUUGCAGGGAGGUAUGCCAAUGAGUUUGGACCCGAGUUUCAAUGGGAUGAACAGGAUGUUUAUUUGUUCUAAGCCUCGAACAAAGGACAAGAGCAGGGGAGACAGAUCUUUGGCAAUUAUUCGCUUGUCAAUUGCUUUCACACUUACGUGUUGAAGUUAUGAAAUAAAUACCUUCUACAAGUAAUUAAACACCAGAAC